AUGGUUGCCUACACCACUACCCUUCUGGCUCUUGCCAGCUCCUUGACCCUUGUCUCCGCCGACUACUGGGUCAACACUAGCAAUAUCGACAUUGGCAUCAAGAAGACCUGGUGCUUGAACGAAAUAGCCAACUGCCCCCUCAUUUGCCAGCAAGAGGACCUGGGCCCUAUCGAGGAAAACGAGUGCAAUUCUGACACCCUUGAAUAUUCAUGCGUCUGCGGCAACGGCAAAGUUCCCGAUUUGGACGAGUACACUCUGACGAUUCCUUACCAUACUUGCGUCACAUAUGUUCAGCAAUGUAUCCAGGAAAACAUGGGCGACAACCUUGCGCAGAACGACUGUGCCGAGAAAAACCCAUGCGGUGCCAAGUCACCCACGAGAUCCAACGCGACCACGACGUCGGCGACUGCUUCCAAGACCGCCAGCCCAAGCUCUUCCAGCACAGGCACUGGCGUUUAUGAUGGACUUGCCGGCGAUGGCACCGAUGGCGAGGAUUCGAGCAACAACAACAACAAGAAGAACGCCGCUCCCCGUAUGUUGGAGUCGGUUGGCGCGACCCUUCUCUUCGGCGGUCUCUUUGCUGGUUUCGCCGUCAUGCUCUAA